GAGUAAGGUAUAGUUUAGUAAGAUUAUAUAAACAUUACAUUAAAAAUCUACUACUAAAUUUUGUAACAACAAAGAUAAAAAUACAAUUUACUGCAGGAUGAACAAGCAUAUGAAAUGAUGAGUUAUCAAGUUUCUGUAUUACCUGAUGUGUCUCCAACAAUUUAUUUUGCAAUUAAAAAGUGCAGACAGUAUUGAAAGUGUGAAAUUUAGCAUGAACUACAUGAAAGGAUUUAUUUUCUGAAUGAGAUCGGUGUAUCCAUAUAAUAUCAGCCGUAAAUAAAGUGGAUUCUAUAUGAUAUAUAGAGACCUGUGUGUUUAUUAGUGAAUGCUCUUUUGGAUGGAUAUAUGGGCUUAUAUGUAUGGAUGUUGAUGGAUUAGAUUGAUUACUAGGAUUAAAGUGAAAAGAGUGAGGCUUACCGUGUAGCUGGGAUUAUGAAGCUACGGGUGUGAGAUAUGGGGCUCCGAACACACUCUGCCCUCCCAUCUCCCAUGAUCCUUGUGGUGGUCACCUUCUUUCUAUCCCAUGGUGAAGCCAAUGCCCAGCCCCACAGCCCUGAUCCUGCAAGUCCCUACGGUGAGCACCUGCCUCUCGUGAGUGAGCCCAACCCCUUCAUCUCUGAGGGGCCCAAAGACACGUACUUCGCCAAGAAUCUGCCCGCAACACUGGAAUGUAACGCGAAAGGGGACCCAACUCCGAAAAUCGCCUGGUACCACAAUAGCCGACUGAUCGAAUUUGACGAGUUGAACUACAACGAGCAGAUCCGGAUGCUCGUCGAAAAUACGCGACUUUUCAUGCUCCAAUUCCUUCAUUCUAAGAAUAGAACAUACACUGGGGAAUACUAUUGCACUGCUACCAAUAUACACGGCGUUGCGCGCAGUCGCACAGCGGUGGUAAACGUUGCAGUGAUAAAAGAUGACUUUCGCGAGGAGCCGGAACACAUGACAGCGUCUCUGGGCGCCCGUGCAGUGUUGAGAUGUAAGCCUCCACGCGGCGACCCUGAGCCUCAGGUCAAGUGGCAGCACGAAGAUAAACCCAUCGACUUGGGCUCAAAAGGAGACGAACGUGUUCGUGUUGAGAAAAAUGGGGAUCUUGUGAUUGAGCGUGUGACCAAGUCUGACCAGGGGUCGUAUGUUUGUGUGGCGUCCAAUGUGGCGGGGGAACGUAAGAGUGGGCCUGCAGAACUUGAGGUUCUAGAUAUUCCCCAGAUAAUUGAAUAUCCAAAGGACACGACAGUAGACAAAGGUGCCACGGUCCAGUUUACGUGUGUAGCAUCGGGAGGGACAGAUGCUCGAAUUGUCUGGUCCAAAAAGGGCGGCGGCAAUCGCAAAAGCUGGCGCAUCCCCGUUGAGUCGAUGCUUGAGAUAACAAAUGUUUCACCCGAAGACAAUGGCACAUAUGUUUGUACGGCCGAGAACAAUGCGGGGAAGGCUGAAGCAGUAGCAGUGCUCAACGUUUACUUUGCCCCAUCGAUAGUAAUUAAACCGUCCAAUCAGAUCGUAGCUGUGGGUAGGACAGUGAGUCUGCCGUGUAAGGUACUGGGAAAUCCUGAACCCACCAUCUACUGGGAGACUAAAUCAUCCUCGGAGCUAAUGUUUGAAAACAAAGUAUAUGCGGAUGGCCGCAUGUCAGUGGCAGAUGACGGCACACUGCGUAUAGAGCGGGUCAUGAAAUCAGAUGGCGGAGAGUACACGUGCAAAGCUAUUGGCUCCAACAGUCAGCCUGCAGAGGCCACCGCCCUCCUGACAGUCCGAGCAGAGGAUGGCGUUCUUUUUCCAGAGAGCGACCUUCGACCUCCACCGAUCAUUCGCUUUGGACCUAACGACCAGACGCUACCGGAAGACGCUAAUGCUUUUCUGCGCUGCCAGGCCACUGGGGACCCCUCUCCCACGAUUCGCUGGUAUCGGAACGGUGCACUGUUAUCUCUCUCAGAGCCUCGAUAUGCCAUCGUGGAUGCCGGGACGUUUCAGAUUUCCAGUUUGAAAAUAGCUGAUUCUGGCAACUACACCUGUAGGGCUGGAAGUGAGACAGGGGAAACCACUGCAAGUGCCAUGCUGAGAGUGUAUUCCCAAGGGGAUUCUGGACCUGACCGUAUGAAAGCCCCUCCUGACCUUACCAAGUUGCCAGCUGCCCCGGAGAAACCGGUUGUUAGCGACCUCAUGGAAACCAGUAUGCGGUUGUCAUGGCAGUUGACCCGCAUAACUGAUAACACCCCGAUCCUCGGUUACCAAGUGGAAUACUUUGCCUAUGGCUCCACAAAGUCAUGGCAAGUGAGUGGGCUCCUGUACACAAAGACAGAUGUAACCAUCAUGGACUUGGCGCCAGACACGACGUACGUGUUCCUUGUGCGUGCUGUCAACAUGUACGGCAUGGGCGGACCCAGUCCUUUGUCAGACAAGAUUCGCACUCUCGCAAAAGGUGAGGCGUCGUUAUCUGUCCCACCGAUCGUUAAUCUCCCAGAAGACAUGGUCGAUGAGAGGCUGAAGUCGGUCGGGAUUCGUCUGCUGCGUGGAGAGGCGGUCAACGAUAGCGCCAUACGCAUCAGCUGGACUGUGGACAAUGACAUGGGUGUGGUCACAGGCUUCCUGGUCGUGUACAAGCCCAUCCUCAACAUGGGUAACCGUGACAACCUGCAGUACGGCCCCACCCAUAAGCACCGCAUUGCAUACCGACCCCUAACCCACACCAUCACGGGGCUGGACAGUUACACGUACUAUGAGAUCUGUGUAUCGGCAGAGAGUGGUGUCAAAACAUCCUCUUGCAGUCAGCCGAUGAAAAUACAGACCGGUGAAUCAGUUCCAUCCAGUGCGCCACUGAACCUUGUCAUAAAUCGCGAGGGUGACACCACCAUCCUGGUCACAUGGUCAGCACCAGACGUGUCAAAAAGAAACGGAGAGAUCAUUGGAUAUAUGAUCAAAUGCCUCAGCGAGGACGGUCAACACAACUGUAGCCGCAGCGUGAAUGGUUCUACCCACAGCUUAAGACUCGAGAACCUUGUUGCUGGUAUGAACUACAACAUUGAGAUGGCUGCUGUAACUAGUCAGGGCACUGGGAAAUGGAGCUCCGUCUUUGCCAUUGGUCCCGAUAAUUCCGGAAUCACAAAGGAGCCGUGGUUUAUUGGAAUGAUCGGCGCUCUGGGCGGCAUUGUGUGGCUGGGACUCUGUAUCUUCACUGUGUGGCUGUGCCGGAACCGACAGCGCCGAAAGAAGCUAAAAGAGACGUGGUACAACUCUGGUGGUCAGAACGGCACAGAUAAAGUGAACGAAAGGAACGGCAGUGUAGCGAGGAAAGGCUAUGGAAAGAAGGAGGAAGGUGAUGAUUCCGGAUUUCCGACAGAGUUGAACACGCUGCUGCAGCUGUCCCGUAAAGAGGCAGACGGGCCCCACGACCCUUACCUCCAGGGCGGGGCAGGACCACACCCUGAAAUGAAGACGUUUUAUCAGCAGUCAGGGCCUGUAACUCCAUAUGCAACGACUGCACUGCUACAAGCCCAGGCGCUGGCACAGGCUAGAAAACAGGGUGGAGACCAGAUGUUUCAGCCAAUCGGAGGAGGUUGUGUUCAGCACAGCCAUAGCGGAGGUUCUUGCGAGUCAAACACAGACAAGUCCAUAACCACAGAUGUAUCCGUUGAAAUGCACGAGGGCAACAAAAGUAAUAAAAGUUCCGCAUGUGAUAGCGGCAAUCUUUCAGAUGAGAACGGGAUGCUGUUAAAACAGGGCCGAAAGCCUAGCGGUUUUCGUCUCGGGCAGUCCCAGAAUCCUGGAGUGGUGAAUUGGAAUGACGUCCUCCCUCCCCCACCUACUCACCCGCCAACCGACGGGGAAUACCUACAGGAUGAGGGACUGUACUCAGAAAUCCCGGAGGAUCGAUCCCGUAGUGUAAAAUCUCCUGCCCAGAUAUCUGCUUGUUCUUGCCCCACCCCUCACGGCCCGGUUUGUUCCCCAGGUCCUUACUGUGCAGCAUACUUGGACAGCUGUAACCGAUGUCAGUCUCUACGGAGUUUCGAUAAUCGCCCAUAUUCACCGCAGCAGUUAAUACAGCUGCAUCGCCAGCACGCGCCGCUUCAAGGCGUCACCCCUACCCACACGGCGCGGGUUCCCGGAAUGCAGCGCCCGGGCGGGACUCCCGUGUACAUGCAUGGGUAUUCCCAGCCCUGGGAUAGUCAGCCCUUUGCCCGGGGUCAGUAUGAGUAUGAGUUUGCCAAUGACCCGAGGGAUGGUGGGUAUAAGUACACUGAGCCGGUUCAGGAUGGUUUGAUUCAGCAUCCACAUGCCGCUACAAUGAAUCCAACAAGGGGCAUGCAAAGGCGGGCUCCAACACACAUUGAUUAUAACGAUAGACAGUUUCAUUACCCGAAUUCGGGUUCCGAUGGUGGUAACAUUCCUGGUGGGCCACCAGGCAACUAUUGUGAAGGACCCUGUAGGGGGCAGACGGAAGCUGCAAAUGUUAUGAAUGCUAUGAGCAUGAGUGCGAGUUACCAUAGAAACUCUAGUGAAGAGAAUUCUCGCAAUCCGUAUCUGGAGGGCUACAAGAUUGAAUCUCCGCCCAGCAGCAGUGGUGACAGUGCGUACAGGGUGUGUAACAGUGGGGGUAGUCUGGCAGGAAGUGGGGGGGAUUCUGGGAGGUCAAGGUCGUCUGGAAAUCCAGGGAGACUACUCCAAGACGGGAAGAGUGUGCCGGAGGGCAAAUUUGAUAUUAACUACAGACAUCCAGGCUUUCAUUCUCGAUCUGAUAGUGGCGGCCCUCGUCCAUGCAUGAUUGACGAGGGUUACACCAGGAAUGCAGACUCUCCCGUUUCGGCGGAUGACCAUGAUUAUAACGACGGGUCAGAUCCAGGAACAGACGGGGGCAGCCAGAGAGACUCGCUGGUUGCAAACUGGGAGAGUAUGGACGACUGUAGCGGGGAACAUUCCAGUUCUAAUGAGGACGAUGAUGCUGACGCAGACAGCGCGGACGCCGACGAGGAUAGCCAGUUCCUGAACGAGGAGGACUUUGCUAGCGCCGUAGCCCGCGCUGCGCAGGAGUCUGGGCUCACUGUCGUCGGGUCAACUAUCAGUGAAGCCAAGGCCUCCAAAUCGGCAAAGAAAACCCGUCGUCACAGACAGCAAGCCCGUCCACCAAGCCCCGGCUACAGCACGGACAGUAACUACGGCACCGUUGACAUACCUCGCAAUCCGUACCCUAAAUCCCAGCGCAGGCGGCAGAUCGAAAAAAAUGGUAAACUGAGGCGCAAGGGAGACAACUCUGAGAGUACUCAAAGCAAAGAUGAGAGCCGUAAAAAUUGUCUCCCCUCCAGUAUUAGCCAGCAGCCUUUAAAGAAUGCUGGUGGUGCCACUGAAGCCCUGUUUACCCGUCCCCCUUGCCCCCCUCAGACAAGCCCCGCCCCCUCAUCCUAUAAGACCCUGCCACCCUCCUUGUAUCGACACAAGACACCCCUAGAACCUCCCACCACCACCAACAACAACAACCCUCCGACGGGAAGCAGGCCUGUCUUUCAGUUCUCUGAUGAUAUUCCGGUUGUUUGACGAUGACAGGGAAAUUUACUGAAAAUACUCCAUGCGUUUCAACGUUUGAGAUUAAACUGCGCACCGGUGCAGCAUUUUGACCUCUGUAAGAGAAUGGGACAUCAGCUGUGUGUAACCUUGAUGAAUGUUGAGUGUCACCUACUUGAAGCUCGAGUGGAGCUUACAUGAAUGUGGAGUGUAGCCUAUUUGAAUGUGGAGUGCAGCCUACAUCCAUCGGGCCAUGUGUCCAUAGUCUGCUACCACUUAGGCAAUGUUGCACGAAAGCCAUGUUACUGUGUUAUAGUGCUUUGUAGCCUAAACAUUAAUGUAAUUUACAACAUCCCAGAUGUUUUGUUUUAAUAUUCAGUGCUUUAACACGUAACACUUUAAAUACUGUAAUUUGGUUCCACCAAAUCUGUUUACAGUUAUUUCUAUAUAAACUUUUCUGUCUUCAGAUGUUCAAAAGAAAUCUGCUUGGCAGUUGUUCUAAAUGUUUGCUUAAGAAGAAAAACCAAAGAACCAAUGUUCAUGCUAUUAUUUUCAUGCUUUUUCGUGAUAUAUUGGUAAGAUUUUUCAUAGCCAACAUUUACCUUGUUAAAAAUGUAUAACCUACAGAUGGACAAAGUUAUUGAGGAAAGAUCUGUAUUAAUAUCUCAGAAAAUACUUAUUCAACUGUUUGCCAGAAAGUAAAUAUUGUUUCAUAUAUUGUACAUCGUCUCUAAGUAUUACGUUUGAUUUGGGUGUAUACUUUUUGUAUUCCUAAAAGAAAUCCGAGCAACAAAUGCGACUGUCAGAUUGAAAGUUUCCCUCAAAUCAUAGAGGGCAAAAAAUGCUUGAAACUGAAUGUCCUUCAAAUAAUCGUUGCUCUGCGAAAAUGGAGCUUAAUGCAUGUGAUAAAAAAAUAGCCUGUCUAUGCAUUAACCCCAUUUCCACAUAUCACGGCUGAAAUAUAUUUAAUCAAAUCUUGUCUUUUGGCUUACCUUUCAUACUUCUUUUAAUUUGAAGCUAUUUUUUAAACAUUACUUUUCAUAAUUUUUUGGUCAACAUAUCUUUGCUAUUAAAAUACAAAUAGUUAAGUGAGAGAACAAUUGUAUAUUUUAACGUAAACAUCCUUAAAACAGAGCUAAUGUUCUCCAUUAUGAUAUAUUUAAACAUGUAGCUUAAGAUUUCAUCGUAUACUGAUCAGUGUGAUCAUAUAUAUAUAUGUUUAUCAUUCUUGAUACCAAAGUUGUGCAUAAAAACUUUUCUUAUAAAUAUAUAAAAUAUAUUAAAAUGUUGAAUUAAAUGUUGUAAAUUAAGUUCAGAUUUACAAUCUGACAUUUGAUGAUGGGUCUAUAAAACCAAAACAAAACUUUAGUAUUAUAAGGUCUCUAUGAAAUCCAGUAACUGUUCCAGCUUUAUGUUAACUUGUUUAUACGGGCUUCAACAGUUACAUAGAGUUAAAUAUCUGGUUACUUUGAUUUUCACACACACCUUUCAUAGAUAUAAAAGUUAAACUUUUCCGUAAGUAGAAUUUGUUUUAUGCAAAUAUUGUUUUCCCUGUAUGGCCGUAAACUGCAGUAAAUGUUAAUAUGCUUUCAUCAACAUUAACUUUGAUAUAAGGGACUGUACAUUUCUAAAGGAAAAAAGUCUGCCGGCACAUAAUUUGGCAUUGUCAUAUGUCAUUCAUUCGCAAUGGAUAUUUUACAUGAUUUUUAAAAUUGUAAUUUUGAGCAUAAUUUAUAUCAAAAAUCAUAUACAUUUAUACGCAUUUCAAAGAAACUAAAUAUUUGUGUGCGCUUUUUUAUGGGAUGACUAAAUACUGCAAGGUUUCAGAUACUGAACUAUUCAUAUACAUGUACAUGUAUAUGUAUCGAUUAUUUCUUUUUUGUAUUGUCCCUCUGUAUCAUUUACUACCGAUCAAGCUGUAUUAAAUUCAGUCUUUUAUUUAACAUAUUUUGUUAAUUUUGUUGAUAAGAAGUGUAAUUUUCAGACACAAGAGAAGUGUAAAAAUGAUCUGUACCUGCCAAAUGAUAAAAAAAAAGCAGCGCAGUAGGGGGCAUAGUGUUUCUGACAAACACAUCUCUUGUUUCCUUACAAAAUAUUUGAAAAAGUGCUACCUAUAUAUGAUUUCUUCAUUCUGAAAAGACUUAACUGCAAUUCAUUGUUUAAAUGUUAAUUUUGAAAAUAUUAAUGCUAAUGUUUAUUUUUUUAAAUAAAAGGUGAUUAAAAAGACAAUUAAAAGCAUUAUAUGCAUGAUAAAAUAACAUAUUAUUUGAUACAGAGCUGGCUUGAUAUUGUUGGGGUUUUCUUUUGCAAAAAUUAUGGGUGGUUGCUGUUAUUGUGAUUUUUUUAUGAUGACUUUAAUUAAAGCACUUUCUUGUGGAACCAAACAAAACUUAAUUUUUUAUUAAAAAUAAGACACUACGUAGACAUGUGAGUCCCUUAACCCAUGUAUGCCUAGAGUCUAGAUAUAAGGCCUUGGCAAACAGCGUAGAUCCAGAUGAGACGCUGCAUGAUGCGGCGUCUCAUCAGUGUCUGCGCUGUUUGCUUAAAGGAAUUUUUGUAAGAAAUAUUGUAAUAUAGAAUAUGUACUAGACAUCGCUAUUUUUGGAAAUAAAUUGAUCCAAUUUAUAAGGAUGGGAGAGUCCACUAGGCAUAAAUGGGUUAAAAUAUGAUGAGUGGGGAUAUUUGACCGUCUGAACUGUAGUUAGGAAUAGAUUAUGGUCUUCAUUAUAGUGCCAAUAACAUUGCUGUUACACUUGUGAUUAUAUUUGAAACUCCAUUUAUGUCAUGUUGUGUUUUUCUUUUGAAGUUGAGGAAAAUUACUGACAGUGCAAUAUGUAUGUAUAUUUAGAAAACAUAUGUAUAAACCGUAUGUAUAUGUGUUUAAAGAUAAUAUCUAUGUGUUAAGCUAUGUAUGUGUAAAUGACUGCUACUAUUAUUAUUGGGUGACUGCAUGAUUAAUGAAUACUUUUGUUAUCAGUCUGUAUAAAGCUAAUCUGAAUAUUUGUCACAAAAAUAAAAUAUACAUGUAAAUAAAAAAUAAAUGUUAUACCAUUUAGCAUUAAUCAUAUUGAAUGACUGGUAUAAUCAGUUCCUUAUGUCAAUUAAUACUACAUCAUGUAACAAAAUGUAAUGAAAACAACCUUGAUAUAAUGUUUUUAAUUAUAAAUUAUGUCAUUUUGUUUUAUAAUAAAAUCAUUUAAAAUGUAAGCGUAUACUCGAUUCUCUGUUUCAGCUUUACUUGUUUACAUCGAUCAAUACUUAAUGAUGCAAAUAACAUAAAUUCAAGUUGUAUGCAGAAAAAAGCAGAGAAAUGAAGGUUUUACUUUACCAAGUUUUAUUAACCCAUUUAUGCCUAGAGUCUAGAAAAAAGGCCUUGGCAAACAGUAUAGACCCAGAUGAGACGCUGCAUGAUGCCGCGUCUCAUCAGGGUCUGCGUUGUUAGCUUAAAAGAAUUUCUGUAAGAAAUAAUUCUAAAUAUAGAAAUAAAUAUACUAGGCAUCGCUAAUUUUGGAAAUAAAUUGAUCUAAUUUAGAAGGAUGGGAGAGUCCACUAGGCAUAAAUAGGUUAAGUCUAUUCUAUCUUGCCACCAAUGUGCUAUGAGUGAUUUUUAUACAGGUAUAAAAGAAAAUUAUGUUAUAUAAUUAUGUUCUUAUUAUGAGCAAGUGUACUGUAUUGUUUUUUAUGUUAUUUACUAAGUUAUUUAUAAUAUGUGUUGAAAACCAAAUGCAUAAUCACUUUCAGUUGCAAAACUAGAUGUCUAUUGAUAUAAUAAAAUGUGAAUUUACAUAA